GCUCCGUAACUUCAGCGCGCAUCAACAUGGCCUCUGCGAAAUUGCUUCUUUUCACUGCCCUUGUGGCCAUCAUGGCCGCCAACUGCUCGGCGGGCCUCCUGGACGCCCUCGUUCCCAGAGCAAUCACUGAAUUUUACAGCAGUGCCUCUUCCAAGGAGGGAUACCGUUUUAACGUUAACGAGCCCAAUGGCAGCAGUCGGGAGGAAGUCGGUAUGAUCUUGAACCCCGGAACCGAUAAGGAAGAACUGGUGGUGAUGGGUGCCUACACCGUUUACGAUGAGAAGACUGAUACCGAAACUACCACGAUGUAUACCGCCGAUAAGGAUGGUUACAAGGCUCGUUACCAAACCAAGAACCGCAAACUCAGCCCUGGAGCCCUGAAGUCCGCUGCUGGUUAAACCUUUAUUAGAUUAGAUGUGUAAAGAAAAAAAGAUUUAAAAAAAUAUAAUUUUUCUACUGCUGAAAA